CGGACAACACUGGCUUUUCAGCUUAGAAAUGGAGGUGAGCACCACCCUUAGAGUCAGACUCGACUAGACUUAAUGUCAUGGGGAAACCUUUACCUUUGCUAACUUUUGUUACCUUUAUAUUGACAAACAGUGGUUACCUCCUCUCCCCCUCACACCCCGCUAGACCUGGUGUAGGCAAUAGGUCUUGUAAUGUAGGCAUUGUUGUUGCUUAACUUCUGUUUUCCAAGUUGAAAUGCUUGCUUGUGAACUACACUGCAGUCUCAUGUUUCCCAACAAAAAGUGUCUGGAAACAACCAGAAGUAGGUUUGCACUUCUAGCUUGCACUUCAAUCUCAAUGCUCCACUGGAGAGACAGGGAGAGAGCAGGGAGAGCUGUAGAGGACUAUAGCCAAACACCUGGGGAAGAAAGAACCACAAGCCAAAGUUCUCCAGCUGAUAUUCAUCCCUAUUUGCUAUUUGAUCUCUCUAUCUCUGCCUCCCCUAGAGACAAUCCACUCCUACAAUCUGAUGACAGCAAAAAUAAACAAUCCUCUUGUGGACAGAAGUCAAUAAGUCCUUGAAUUGUUUCUCCUUCCCUUUGUUGACCUGCAGUCCCUUCCAGCAUUAUCUUCUUACUUAUCUUCAGGCCUACAAUUCAAAACUCUCAACAGGGAGAGGUUAUCUGGAUCCUUCUAAGAAGAAUAACGAACAUGUAGCCAGGCUCUUACAUUAAUUUAGCAGUACUUGUUAGGAGCUGGAGCCAGACACCCACCUUCCUUGCCUUGGAUUUUGGUUUCUCUUUGUUGUUUGAUUGAUUUCCUUCCAACAGUAGAACAGUAUGCUUGGUGCUAGUCCAUCAAGGGUGAUGCAAAUCAGUCCCGGUUCAUUCAAGCGCCCAACACUGAUGCAAGUUAGAGAAGUCAGUAUGGCUGAUUACAUUGUAGCAAACUGGGAAUCUUUGUGUGCCCUCCAAGCCAAGCCUGAUGACCUUCUCAUCUGCAGCUAUCCCAAAUCAGGAACUACUUGGAUGCAGGAAAUUGUUGACGUAAUGCGGCACGGAGGAGACCCACAAAAGUGCGCUCAGGUCCCCAUCUAUGAUCGGAUACCCUUCCUAGAACAGUUUCACUUUUUUCCCACAGGUUUGGAAAAAAUAGAGGCAAUGCCCUCUCCACGUAUCAUCAAAACUCAUCUUCCAGUCCAGCUUCUACCACUUUCCUUCUGGGAACAGAAUUGCAAGGUAAUUUAUAUGGCCAGAAAUGGCAAAGACAUUGCAAUCUCCUAUUUCCACUUCCACCUCAUGAACCAUGGUAUGCCAGAGACAACAAGCUGGAACCAGUUUCUGGAAGAUUUCCUUGUAGGCAAGAUUGCCUGGGGUUCCUGGUUUGAUCAUGUUCGUAACUGGUGGGAGGCCAAGAAUCAUCACCUGAUCCUCUAUCUCUUUUAUGAAGACAUGAAAGAGAACCCAGCCCGGGAAAUCCAAAAGAUAGCCCAGUUCCUGGGUGUACAGCUCUCAGAAUCAGAUCUGAACAAGAUUGUGCAGCACACCAAGUUUGAGAAUAUGAAAAACAACCCUCUCACAAAUUAUACCACCAGGCCCCUCUUUCAAAUGGACCAUGCUGUGUCUCCCUUCAUGAGAAAAGGGAUCGUAGGAGAUUGGAAAGAGCAUUUUACAGUAUUUCAAAGUGAGCAGUUCGAUAAUGUUUGCGCCCAGUUAUUGGGAGAGAGUGGCUUGACUUUUCGCACGGAGCCUUAACUGCCCUACUAUACUUUUCGUCAUGACUUCCAGUGAAACAUGCCUGGAUUGGUACUCUGGCCUGUGCUUAAUAAAAGAAACAAAGAAAUCUCUUGUAAGAGUCACCGAGCAAUUUUUUUGUGGUCUGUGCAGGUUUGGCAUCGCUUUCAUUUUAUCUCCAGUUAGAUUGUAUAAUGUUGUAUAAAUUCCAUUUUCUAAAAUAAAGAUUUUUAUGCUG